AUGCACUGCGGAAUGGACUAUCACAUUCACGACAACCCGGUGCCGAAAGAUGGCAACUGCUAUGCCACCGGUGGACACCUGGAUCCUUACAAGCGCGGUGACCAGCCUCCUUGCAAUACAACCGUACCUCAGACAUGUCAAGUCGGCGACAUAAGCGGAAAACAUGGACCUGUCUGGACUGCCGAUGGCAACUUCGAAGUCUUGUACAGGGACUUCUUCCUUUCGAAUGUGGAAGACACUAUCGCCUUUUUCGGUAACCGCUCGGUCGUUGUCCAUCUGCCUGAUAACAAAAGGAUCAACUGUGGUAACUUCCACCUGGUGUCCGAUGGGGAGGAGAAGAAGAAGAAGAAGAAGAAGGAAGAGGCGAAGGAAGACCAGGGUUGUUGA